AUGUCCACGAUCACCCCCGACGCGCACCAGUCGGGAAACCCGCCCAUCAUCCCGUUGUCCUUCAAUGGCCACCAACCCGAAAAAGUGACACUCUACCCUCUGUCCAACUACACGUUCGGCGUCAAAGAAACGCAGCUUGAGGAGGAUCCGUCGGUCAUCGCCCGCUUGAAGCGCCUCGAAGAGCAUUAUACCGAACAUGGCAUGCGCCGCACGUGCGAAGGCAUCCUCGUAUGCCACGAGCACAACCACCCCCAUAUCCUGAUGCUUCAGAUCGCGAAUGCCUUCUUUAAGCUUCCAGGCGACUACCUAAAGCCGGAAGACGACGAGAUCGAGGGUUUCAAGUCCCGGCUAGACGAGCGGUUGGCGCCUGUCGGCCGCCUAGGAGAGGGAGAGGAAGCCGGUGACUGGCAGGUAGGCGACUGCUUGGCCCAGUGGUGGAGGCCCAACUUUGAGACGUUCAUGUAUCCCUUUGUUCCUGCGCAUGUGACGCGGCCGAAGGAGUGCAAGAAGCUCUAUUUUAUUCAAUUGCCCAAGACUAAGGUCCUAAGCGUCCCAAAGAACAUGAAGCUCCUCGCGGUUCCUCUAUUCGAGCUCUACGACAACACAGCCCGGUAUGGUCCGCAGCUCUCUGCCAUACCCCAUCUUCUGAGCCGGUACAAUUUUGAGUUCGUCGACGAGAAGGGCAACGUUGUCGCUGCCACGCCAGGGUCCAGUGCCCCCGAUGGCUAUGUUCCGCAAACAAAAGUCCUGGCAGGAGACGACAUGGAGAUGAAGGAAGAGAACGGUACAAGCUAA